AACAAAGGCGAAACAAUAAACAUUCAAAUAUAAGAAACUUCAAACCACAUAUUCAAACUGCGCGCGCUAUCGCUUAAACUGAGUUGGCAGCCCCGCAAACUUAAUUAUCGGUGUAUCUCAAACAAAUCGAUAGCACCGAUAGUUACAUCAACGUUUUUGCAGCUCUAGUAAAUAUGUAGUAAACGAAAACAAAAAAUCAAAGUCACAAAAAAACGAGUGCAAAGGCAAAAAGGUAUUUCAAUCUGAGCCUGAACGGGUGAAUAAUAGUGCGACUUAACCGCAGAACGCGAGGGAGGCGGCAGAAACUCGGUGGGAGGUCGUCCCCUCCCACUCUCUAUCUCAAUCUCGUCUGUUUGCUCUCUCCCACACUCUGUUUUGAAUAGUCGUCGGCCCAUGUGUGCGUGCAAGUGAAAGGUGGGGAGCCGUAGCCGUAGCUGGCGGAGUAACUGAAACAGUUGCAGUUACCGUUGCAAGCGCCAAGGAGCGGCGCCCAGUUUCAAGAGAUCGUACCUGACAUGGAUGACACCGAAUUUAUGUUUAACGAGAAGCAAUCAAUUCGGGACUCCUCGAGGACCCUCAAGCGCUAUGGCAGCACCUGCUGCAACAGCAUGCGGAACAAUGAGACACUCAUCCGGCACAUUGUGGAGAAGACGGACACACUGCAGGGCAUUGCCCUCAAAUACGGAUGCACGACAGAGCAAAUAAGACGCGCCAAUCGCCUCUUCGCCUCGGACAGCCUGUUCUUGCGUCAGUUCCUUCUGGUGCCCGUGGAGAAGACCUCGCCGUAUUAUCCCCAGGUGCCUGGCGGUGGCGAUGCCAUAGCCGCUUUCGAUGCAGUGCUGGCCACACCACCCGGCACUCCCGACGCCAAUGGACAGCGGGAGGCGCAUAACAAUGCCAACAACCUGAACCAGAGCAACAGUUUCAUCAACAGCAGCAGCAGCGGGAACAGCAGCAGCAGCAGCAGCAGCAGUGGGAGCAGCAGCAGCUGUAACACAAGUGGCGUUCCUCCCACAACCGCGGGAUCGCGCUCUGGCAGCCAACAGCAGCAGCAGCAACAGCCACCACAGCGUCCUUAUUCCAUUGCCGGUGAACUGCUUAUGGGCCAGGCCGGAGACGAGGAUCCCGCCAUGAUGCAUGGACAUGGUGGCUGCGGUGGCAAGCAGAGCAAGAGCCUGGACUCGGUGGCUGCGAUGACGCCCGAGGAGGAGAAUAGGAAAUGCAUGAACGACUUCCUUAACAAAAUAGACAACACCAUCUCCGAGUCGCGCAAAUAUGUCGAGCGUUCCAAGGACCUGGUAAGCAGUCAGAGUGAUGCGGACAUCUGUGUCAGUGCCAGCGCAGACAUAUUCCCGCAGCGCCGCCAUCCUCUGAACAACUCCUACAAGACCAACAAUAACGACCGUCCGCCGCAGUAUCAGCGUCACAGUUCGACGGGCAGCGGGAACUCCUCAGAUACGGCGCAUCUGCUGAACACGACGCAGACGCGCAGAGUGCAGAACUCGUUAAAGCGACUGGAGAAGCAGCAGGACGACUUCUUUGAGUUGUAGCAGCUGCCGCAAAAAUCUAGCCUAAUUACGCUGAGGUGUUAAUCUAAUAAAUCGUUUUAAAAAUGCCGCGCAUUCGAGGGGAGAUGCCGCACUCUAAAUGUAAUAUGUAUAAUAUAAUGAUAUAUAUAUCUAUAUCUGUCGACACAUAUGCGAUAUACCUUACAAAUACGAGAGAUACCUAUUAAACAUUAUACAUAAGCUGUAA